CUCAUAUGAUAAUGAUAUUUUGUCCCUUCCGUGUUUUGUUACAUUAAUCUUUAUAUACAUCACAUGAGGAUGUAUUGUGAUAAGGUGAAUCAUGUGAAAGCUAUAUUCAUACGUGCAUAAUCUGUGGCAAUGUUUCAUAACAGUGAGGAAGAGAAUACGUCAUGCUUAGAAGAAAUGAGGAAGUUUUCUUCAUUCUCUCUAGAAACAGAAAUUAAAUCUAUCAAUCAUAAAAAAAUCAAAGAAAGAUUAAAAAAGCUAGAACAAGACAUUGAAUAUGGAUAUGGCACAAUUGAAGAAACUAUUUGUUUUCAUAAUUUUGUUUCGUACCUACACUGGACAUACGAUGAGAAGGAAAAGGCAAUGGAGUUAGCCAUCAAAGCCGUUGAACUUGGAAGUAAGUGUACGUUUACAGCCACGGGAGUAACAGACAAUAUUAUAACCUUGUGUAAUCUGUUUCAUUUUCACAAAGAAAAUGGCAAUGUAGCUGAGUCAAGAAAAUUUAUUGAACGAUUUAAAGAAUUAUCCAAACGAGAUGAUUUCCAGGAACUGAAAUAUAUUGCAAAAGCUGAGUUAGCUGUCUGUAUGUCAAAGCUCGGUCCAUUUUAUUUGACAAAAUCCAUAAAAAUGUUUCGCGAAUCUGUUGACAAGAUGUCUACAUUUGUAGAUUGCUGGCAGUUUCAUUUUGCAUUAACACUUAAUAGAAAAGCACAUCUACUUAACAUUCAAAAUAAAAAAGAUACGCAGGAUGUAGACGAUGAUAAAGAGGCCUAUGAAAAAUUUAAGAAAAUUAUUGAAUGCACUUCUUCAAAAAUCCUGAAGUCAAACUCAUUGUGUGAAGUCGGAUUUAUAUUAUAUAAUCAUCACAAUGAAAAAGACAAGUAUGAAAAUUUGAACUACAUGGAAUACUUUGAAGAGGCUAUAGAAAUCAACCCACAGUCAUAUCAUGCCUUAGAGCGAUACGGGCAGAUCUUGAGAUAUCAGAAGAACUUGCAGAAAUCAAAUGAAAUACUUGAACGAUCUCUGAAAGUUCGUAAAACUCCAGCUGCUUAUCAUCAUCUUGGACUAACUUUUCAAAAAAUGGUCUUAGAAGAACAUUACGAAAAGAAGAAAAAGCGUUCCCAAUUGGAAAACAUGUCAAGACAAGAUUCCACAAAGGUUGAUGGUCUAGGUUUGAGGAGUGGCAGCAGUGAUAAAUCAAAGACGAUUAGGGAUUCCUCACAAAUAAGAGCAAAAAUGAAGUCCUGUCGAUAUGUUUUGCUGUAUCCAGGAGAUGAACGUCUGCUGAAUGCUGAACAAAAUCUAGAAAAAGCUCUACUUAUGGACAUAUCUUUUGAUAAUGCACGAUAUGACUUAGGACUCGUUCAAAGAUCGCUUGGAAAACCUAAUGAAGCUCUCAAAACCUUUAGGUACAUAACAAAUAGUUACAAAGGGAAAUCAAGUAACCAAAUUCAAUUGAUUCUUGCAUAUGAGCAACAGGCAUUCUGUAAAUUAGAUCUCUUUAAAACCAAUGACAAUGAAAACGAUAUAAUCGAUGCAGUGGAUGCCUUAAACAGAGCUUUGGAUAUUUUGACCCUGUAUAUAGACUCCUUCCCAGAACUGAAAAGUGCUUGUACUUGUGUCCAAGUGAUAGAAGAAAUUAAGAAGAAAUAUGAAUGUUGCAACUUGGGAAAAGAAAACAGUAAUGACAUCCAUGACUUUGCUUCAUUGUAUGAAAAGUCACACGAGUACAAAAAGGCAUACGACCUUUACUCGAAAUGUGAGCCUAAAACUAGAGUUGUUUAUCAAAAGAUGGUUGAAAGUUUAAAAGCUGCUGGUGAUUAUGAAAAUGCCAUCGGUAUAUUAAAUAGACUUAUUAUAAAUAAAGACCCCAACACCCCACCUGGGCAAUUCAUAUUUCAAAUGUAUUCUGAUGCAGCCUUUUAUUCGAUAGAGAAUCGAAAAUUUGAGGAAACAAAGAUGAGGCUCUUACAAUGCCAGAAAUGCAUUCCAACAUGGGAAAAUCAUGACAACUGCAUUGAUGAAGAUGAUGUAAUUGAUUUCUACAUUCUGCACCAUUGUGAAGAAAGAUGUCCGCUUGCAGAGAAGUUAGUUCGUUUACUGACAGAGUCAUUUUUCGUAAAAUUCAAUGUUACACUGAAUGCGGAUGAGUGCUUGCCAGGACGUACGAUUUCAAAAUAUUACAAAGACACAAUCAAAAGAGCAAACUUCAUACUAUUCUUUUAUCACGAAAAUCCUUUGAAGAGCGAAGACAAUGAUGGCAUAAUAAUUGAAAAAAUACAGGAAGAUCCCAGCAUGGGUUCAGAAAACAAUGUCCUUAACGUUAUAUUAGGUGAUGCAGAACAGCCUUGGCGACACCCAGCUGUCGUACUCCCGAAUGACUUUGCCACUGCAGAAGAAGAGGGCAAGGAAGACAAUGAGAGGCAUGUUUUAGAGGGUCGUCUGAUACUGGAUAUUUUGAGGAAAACUUAUGCACUUCAAGAGAGAAAGGAAAGGAGUGAUGCUUCCAAUUAAAACUUUUUCCUUGAAGUAUGGACUUCCAGAAAUGAGUAGUGACUGCACUAUUAUAUAAAAAAGUGGAUAAAAAAAUAAUGAUAAUAAUAAUUAUUAAAGAUCGUUUUGAAUUUGCAUGUGAAAGUUGGAUAUUUUGUAGAUAAACGCAAAAAGCACAAAACCCCCUUUUUAAUGCUGGCCCCCCAAAUCUUAGUCACGAUGAAAUGUUAAAAACAUUAGAAUGGACUGAACUAUGUAAAUAUUAAUCCUUACUUUUUUUAAAUCCUUAUGAUAAUACUUGCAUAUAGUAUAUUUGAAUGUGUCCCAGUUGCUUUUCUGGAUAAUAUUUUCCUACAUAUUGUAUGCUUGAUGAAAUUGUAAAAAGUAUUCACAAAGGUGUUGUUAUCUGCAAGUUAGAGAUCAUAUAAAUAAUUAAUGUAUGUCACUGAAAAUGUGAUGCGUCCAAGACUUGUUC